GAAGCGUCUGGAAGUGGUCUUGUUGUGCAAAUUCAGAACUCAGGUAGUUUGGUUGAAAGUUUCAAAUUGUGCUUGAUCAUUCACCAAGCAGUGAGAUUUUUCAGUAAAAGUUGUGAAAUUCGUUUAUAUAUAAGCCAGUAUAUGUACUGAUCAAGCUCAUAUAUUGGAACGAAACAGUUUAGGGAAGACGUUUUGAGAAACUUAGGAAAGUUGUUUUUAUUUUGAAGGACAUCCUGUGGUUAGAACCGUGAUUUACAAUCUUUUUUGCUAAAAUUUUCAAUAUUGAUUGACGUAACGACUUAGAUAAAGUGAUCGAAGCGCUAGUUGUUGCUGCUAAAAGUUGGAGACAAUCCAAAGUGAGAAAAACAAAAUGGUGUUCCCUGAUGUUUUGAAGGUGACGGUUCUGCGGGAGUCCGUGGAACAGGAAAAUUUUGUUUUGUCCGUCGUUCGUCAUCGAGACAUUUGUCACUGUUUUGAGACCUUGAAAAACGAAAUUGUAGCUCGCUGUCCGGGUUUACUGCAGUCCGACGAAAUGAAGUUUUUCUGGAUUGACGAUGAGGGCGAUGAGAUCACCAUUCAAAACCAUGCAGAUUACUUCGAUUAUAUGGACUCAUGUAGUACUACCGGACAGAAGCGCCGAAUCUACGCCAAAGGCAUAACUCGACCGUCCAAGCAGACGGCUUCGGUUGCUUUCGAAGAGAUGCCGAUGGAAGAUGGUUCCGAACCAAGAGUAGAAAUAUCCAGUUCGGAAUCACUUCCGGAUGACCAGCCGGUUCAUUCCAAUAUAGUUUGCGAUGUGUGCGACAGCAUAAUCAAAGGCCAUCGGUAUAAAUGCUUGCAGUGUUUUAACUAUGAUUUGUGUAUGCGCUGUGAGGGCCGCUAUCGGCACAAGGACCAUCUAAUGGUGCGCAUUCCGACGCCGGAUGUUGGCCGUCGACAACCUUUCCGGCUGUUCGAUAAGCUGCGUUGCUAUGUUGCUGACGCUGGGGUUCAGUCUGCACCAGCAACAGCAUCACAUGUACGCGACGACGAAGCUGAAAAUUGCAAACGCUCCAAACGACAUCAUCGUAGAAGCAGCAAAGAUCGUGAGGAGUCUCGAGAGCGUCGCGAGGAAAAGGAACGUAAGGAGCGCAAGCAUCGUCGCGAACGUUCCGCAAAGUCUGCUGAGGAACGUCGCAGUAGUCGUCACGGACGAGGACAUCAUUUCAAUUUUUCUCAUCUGAUCAAUCAGGUUAUCGAUCCGGCAAACAUUUCUGCAUUUUUAUCGGCUGAUGCUGCAGCUGCAGCCGCCGCCGCCGCUGCCGAAUCAGCUCAAGAAGCUGCUCGUGCUACUAUGGCAAAUUGUCCAUUGUUUGCCGCGGCAUCAACAUCAACCGAAAAUGCUGGCACGACUUUCACCGCUUCAGCAUCGGCAUCGACGUCCAGCUCUGCACAGACAUCAACGAACGUGGGCGCUGAAAAGCCUGAAAAAGCUUCUGCUCCCUCACCUACAUGCGAGGAACCUCAAGUUAAAAAAACGGCCACAACUUCGGCAUCACUGGAUCCAGAAACACGUCAGCCAAAAGACUUUGAUCUUUCCUGGUUGGCCCCAACACCGGAAAGCAUUCAAAAAAUAAACCAGACCUUCUCAAAAAUUUUGGACCCGUUAGGAAUGAAUAUUGAAAUUCGUAGUAACGGGGCUGUUGCUAAACCCGCUCAGACUCAGACACCUACCGAAGAAAAACAAGAUAAAACUACAGAAACAGCCAACACGCCAACGACAAGCACCCCGAGUCAGACUUUACCGGUUGCUCCAGUAGUAGCUAUUAAUAAGCAAACUGAAAUCGACGCGGUUGCUGAAUUAGAAAAGAAGUUACAGGCUACUUUCUUAGCAAAAACCUUGGGACAAACAAUUGAAUCAGCUGAGGCAAAUCUAAUGCACAGUGAUGAAGACGAUUGUUCGUCGGUAAGCAGUGUAUCUUUACUCAGUGACAAUGAUGUUGUUGCAGAGCACGGAGAAACAUCAGAAAAGAAAUGGACACUGGUGGAUCUACCCCAUGACGAAGAAGUAUCCGUCAAGCAAUCGGACACCGUUAUUAACCCUUUGGGUAAUCCGUCGCAAGAAACUUCAACACUUGCGACACCGCCAUCUGUUCCGGAGGCAACUUCGGCAUCAUCAGCCAGUCAUUCGACAAAGCCCAUCGAUUACGAACAACUCGGCAAAGCUUUGAAGGAGCAUUUGGAAGCAGAAAAGAAAGCAGCUACAGCAUCCUCAUCCGCUUCUUCAAAGGAAACGACUCCGUCACCGAUGGCAGCUUCGGUCGCUCCGGUACCAUUACCAACCCGCACAGCCAUCCCACUGCCCCCUCCCCAGACAGCCGCUUCACAACCGGUCCGCACCGUGACUCCGGCUUCGACAGCCAACCCAACUCCCUCGGUCAACAUAACCUACAGUAAUCGUCCCCAUGUAAACCAUGCCGUACAUGCCAUGAUGGCAAUGGGCUUUAGCAACGAGGGAGGCUGGCUAGCCCAACUGUUAGAGUCCGUUAAUGGCGACAUUCCUCGCGCACUGGAUUUGUUGCAGCCACACAAAAUCAAUUCUUAAAUUUCUGCAGAAUGAGCCGCAUCUUUUAUAAUAUGAUUAUAUGCAUACAGAUAUGGUAGCAUUCUCGUUAGUGUGCAGUAACGAUAGCAAUAUGAAGACCACACUUCUAUAUAACCUAUAUAUAUAACACGCAUAAUUUUUAAACACAGAUAACGGUGAUAGUUGUUAGUUUGUAGAAUUAUAGUUUUAGUUUUUUACAUGACUAAAAACAAGCAAAAUAAUUUGCAGGCCUACAGGCGAAGAGAAGCAGAUUUUCGGUCUGAUAUAAUAUGUUUUUGGAAGCGCCUGCAGAAUAUCGAAUACGCUACUGACUAACAAAUUUUCAACGAUCACCAACUGCGGAUCGCCGGCCCGAUUACAAAUUGAAGCAACUGAUUUUUUUUAGUGAUUAAAUGUGAUUUUGCGUUUUGGUAUAUGUUUGCCAAUUAAUAUAAAUAUUCUCUAAAUAUUAUAAUUCAUAUUCAGAAAUAUGUAUUGUUAAAUACCAUCGUAUGAUAGACUGUAGAUGUAGUUUUUACCUGGCCGUAAGAAAUAUCACGUGAACCUACUCGUUUCUGUUUUUACAGUGGUAAUAUUUGAGAGCUAGGCGCCGUUUAUUCGAACAAUUUUCUUGUUCUGUAUUCCGACUGCUCAAAAUCAAAUGGACAAAAUAAGUCGAAUGAAAUUUUCGGAAUACAGAAUCAGUGUAUUUCCUUUGCGUGCACUGGAUUAUUGGGAAAUUGUGCUAUAUAUUUUCUUGAAAAAUAUCUUCAUGUCAGCGAAUAAAAUGUUCCUGGUAUUGGAACUAGGCCUUUUUCUAGUUGAGUUCGAUAGCUCUAAUCAGGGCCUCCAGCCCAACAUCGAUAGGAAUGGCUUUUCAGAAACUAAAGUGGGGUUGGAACCAGAAUGAUCAAAUUUAGCUAUUCUAAUUACUAUAAAAGCAGAGAAUGGCAUGCAAAUAACAAGAUCCGGUUAUAAGCAAAUUGCCUUGGGAGGUCGCAUAAAGCCAGCCGAAAUCUUUCCGAUAAGUAAAAAUGCACUUUUACUUGUCGCCAGGACGGGUUCUCGUCUACAGCUCGGAUGUCGUUGGCUAAGCUGCGUCGCCAUAAGCUUCUGGGUCUGUCUCUUCUAUGCUGUCCUUGUGGAUUCCUAUCGAAUGCUUCUUUGCAGAUCUCGUUCGCUCCUUUCUUCAAGGUGUGUCCGAUCCACUUCCACCUAAAGGGUGUCCACGGUAAAAUUGCAACACACUCAAAUUGCUCUAACUUUUGAACCGUUGGGUAAAAUUAAUUGAAACUUUGCAUGGAAAAAAUUCAAAGUUCAAAGUUCGUACUGUGUG